AUGGCGUCGCCGCCGCCCCCGCCCCGCCGCAACCCCCAGCGCAAAGCCAAAACGCAGGCAGCUAAAAAGGCCGCCGGCGAUCCGCAGGAUGACGACAACGCUCAAGGUCCUGACUCCUCGAAGAUGAACAUCAACAACAGCAGCAGCGAAGACAACAAAGCCAAGGAACCCGCGGAAGAAAAAGAGAGAAUCAGCCUCAGAGACAUCCUCCUCAAAGCGCCAUUGGCUACGCCGCCACCGCCGCCGCCGCCGCCGCCGACGGGGGCUGCGAAGACGGGCACUACGAAGACCGGAGCGGCGAAGACCGGUGCAGCGAAAACCAGCGCAGCGAAGAAGGGAGCAUCCGCGAAGCCGGGCGCCAGGGUGACGAAGACGACGGCGCCGAGCACGACGAAGAAAGCCGGCAAUGGCACAGCGACGAAGACGGCGAAGAAGACGGGGACGGGUCGGCCGCGCGGUGCUGCUACUGCCGCCGCCGCUGCUCCUGCUCCUGCUCCUGCUCCUGCUGCAGCGCUUCCGGCUGGUGCUGGGAAGCCGCCGCCGCCGCCGCCACCGCCGCCGUCGUCGUCGCCAUUGUCGUCGGUGCGGUCGUCGUUGUUGUUGUCGUCGCGGUCGCCGGCCGAGGUGGCGCGGCCGCAGAAGGGCGCGGCGGGGAAGACGAAGCCGCAGCCGCAGGCGGCGGGGAGGGGGCGGGAGGGGGUCGGUAAGGAGGCGAGAAGUGUUCAGGCGGCGGGGGGCAAAGCUGCGAGGGCAGAGGGGAAGGUUGCGAAGAGCAGGAAAUGA